CUUGUAUCUGCGCUUUAUCUAUCUGUUCUCUCUAUCUGCAACUCUGCCGCUUUCAACCGGCUCCAAUGUCGCAAAGCACGCAGCGUAUGCUGAGGGAGGUGAAGAAAUUCGCUGACCUUCAUUACACCCUCUUCACUAAGCGCUAUGGCCACCAAAUUAGGGACAUUCUCGAGUUCCCAGUAAAGGUGGUCUUGACCCCCUUCACGCUCCCCUUCGACAUUGCUGGCUCCGCCCAACGCGGCUUUGGCGUCCCCGAGCUCAUUUCUAAGCUCUCCUAUUGCACAGUCUUCGCAAUAGCUACCAUUGGAACGUAUGAUAUUGCGCUGGAGCUGGGGAAGAAGUUGGUUUGUACAAGUGACUGUAGGACCUGCAAUGGGUGGAAGGCUUUACAGUGCACAAUGUGCAAGGGGUCAGGGAUGGUGCAAUACCAGGUGAAAGAUUACCGCCUGAGAAGGGGAGAGAAGCCAACAGCUGAAUCCAUUGCAGAUGCCAUAGCAGAUAAUCGAGCUGAGUUAGUGCACUUUCCUUCAGUGGUGGACCUUCAUUUGCCAUUGCCAUAUAAAGAUUGUCCAAACUGCGAUGGAACUGGUUCUAUGAUGUGCCCAGAAUGCAAAGACAAGUUACCAAUAAAGAUAUCUAUAGAUAAUAUAAUGGAGCCUCCAUGGAUACCUUAUAACAUAAUGAGAAAGAUGGACUACCCAUAUGAGCAUAUAGUGGACAGUAUGAAAAACCCCAGCAUUGCCGAAUUUUGGUUGAUUACCUUGCCUCAAGUUGUGGGAGGAUUUGAAUAUGAUGAUGAUGUCAAGAGGAAGAUUUGGUGGCAAUACAAGGAAUCUAUGCGAUAUGAUCAACUAAGAGAUGAGGUUGCCAAGCGAAAGCCUGGAUGGGAGUAUUUGCAAGAAGCCUUGAUCUCAAUCGAUCCUGCCCGUGCUAGGGAUGAUCCUGUUAUUGUGAAAAAUAUUCCUUAUUACAGGGCCAAGAAGACUUUAGAAUCUGAAGUAAUGAAACUUCACCCUCCACCACGGCCUCAAAAUUGGGGAGAGUUGAACCUUCCACUUAAUGCAUCUUCUUGGAGUGAAGAGGAUCUCAAAGAUCCAAAAACACUCUAUGAAAUGACGGUACUUCUUAAUGCUCAAAGGGAAAUUGCAGAGAAGAUGCUGGAUGCUCAGUGGGAAGCAAAUUGGCGGGAAGAAAAGCUAAACAAAAUGCUGGAGGAGAAGGUGCAACCAUACAUUCAGAAAAUUGACAAUGGUGUCCUCUCUACGCCUAUCGUGCUAAGCCGACAAAAUGUGACCCGAAAGAAAAAACGAUGGUGGUUCUUUUAAGUGGUGAAACAAACAAUUCUUCCUGGGUUCUAUCAUCUAUGAGGCUUCUCUGUUAGUAUAUUAUUAUCCCCUUUUCUGUAACUUAAUUAGAAGAAAAAUGUUACAUCAAUUUGAGCAUUUCUUCUUAAAAAGCUUGCUUGAUAUUUUACUGUUGUAUGAAAUUUUGAGUAUUUAAGAAUGGUAUAUAAGAAAACUUUGAAUUUAAA